CUGCAGCCGCUACCCGCGGCCUUGCCGGGCAGAAUGAAUGUGAUAGACCACGUGCGAGACAUGGCGGCCGCGGGGCUGCACUCCAACGUGCGGCUCCUCAGCAGCUUGUUACUUACAAUGAGUAAUAACCACCAAUAUCGGAAUGCUGUGAGUAAGUAUACAAUGGCAUUACAGCAGAAGAAAGCCCUAAGUAAAACUUCAAAAGUGAGACCUUCAACUGGAAAUUCUGCAUCCACUCCACAAAGUCAGUGUCUUCCAUCUGAAAUUGAAGUAAAAUACAAGAUGGCUGAAUGUUCUACAAUGCUAAAACAAGAUAAAGAUGCCAUUGCUAUACUUGAUGGGAUCCCUUCAAGACAAAGAACUCCGAAAAUAAACAUGAUGUUGGCAAACCUGUACAAGAAAGCUGGUCAGGAGCGACCUUCAGUCACCAGCUAUAAGGAAGUGCUGAGGCAGUGCCCAUUAGCCCUUGAUGCCAUUCUAGGUUUGCUGUCCCUUUCUGUAAAAGGUGCAGAGGUGGCAUCAAUGACGAUGCACGUGAUCCAGACCGUGCCUAAUUUGGAUUGGCUCUCUGUGUGGACCAAAGCAUAUGCUUUUGUGCAUAUUGGUGACAACUCGAGAGCAAUUAAUACCAUCUGUUCACUAGAGAAAAAGUCCUUACUGAGAGAUAAUGUGGACCUACUGGGAAGCUUAGCAGAUCUGUACUUCAGAGCUGGAGACAAUAAAAACUCUGUCCUCAAGUUUGAACAGGCACAGAUGUUGGAUCCUUAUCUGAUAAAAGGAAUGGAUGUAUGUGGCUAUCUCCUGGCACGAGAAGGGCGGCUAGAGGAUGUGGAGAACCUUGGCUGCCGCCUUUUCAAUAUUUCUGAUCAACACGCAGAACCCUGGGUGGUCUCUGGGUGUCAUAGCUUCUAUAGCAAACGCUACUCCCGAGCCCUCUAUUUAGGAGCCAAAGCCAUUCAGCUGAAUAGUAAUAGUGUUCAAGCUUUGCUAUGUAAAGGAGCAGCACUUAGAAACAUGGGCAGAGUCCAAGAAGCAAUAAUCCACUUUCGGGAGGCUAUACGUCUUGCACCUUGUCGCUUAGAUUGUUACGAAGGUCUCAUCGAAUGUUACUUAGCCUCCAAUAGUAUUCGUGAAGCAAUGGUAAUGGCUAACAAUGUUUACAAAACUUUAGGAGCAAAUGCACAGACCCUUACCCUUUUAGCCACCGUUUGUCUUGAAGACCCAGUGACACAGGAGAAAGCCAAAACUUUAUUAGAUAAAGCCCUGACCCAAAGGCCAGAUUAUAUUAAGGCUGUGGUGAAAAAAGCAGAACUACUUAGCAGAGAACAGAAAUAUGAAGAUGGAAUUGCUUUGCUAAGGAACGCGCUAGCUAAUCAGAGUGACUGUGUCCUGCAUCGGAUCCUAGGAGAUUUCCUUGUAGCUGUCAAUGAGUAUCAGGAAGCAAUGGACCAGUAUAGUAUAGCACUAAGUUUGGACCCCAAUGACCAGAAGUCUCUAGAGGGGAUGCAGAAGAUGGAGAAGGAGGAGAGUCCCACGGAUGCUACUCAGGAGGAGGAUGUGGACGACAUGGAAGGGAGUGGGGAAGAAGGGGACCUGGAGGGCAGCGACAGUGAGGCGGCCCAGUGGGCUGACCAGGAGCAGUGGUUCGGCAUGCAGUGAGGCAGGCAGCAGCUCCGUGGCCGCACUGGCCUGCCCUGCUCUGAGCACUUCCAUGGACUGAAAAAACCUGUAGGAGCCCACUCUCUGGGAGGACAGUG